UCUCAUAUUCCUGUGCCAGUUCUUUGACCCAGGUGAGGUGCUUUAUGCCUAUGACAGCCCUGCAGGCUACGGCCUGAUGGGCCUGCAGCUGGUCGCUUACGUGUGGUUCUGCUACGCCGUGCUGGUCUCGCUGAAACACUAUCCUGAAAAACAGCCCUUCUACGUCCCUUUCUUCACCACAUACACUCUGUGGUUUUUCGCCGUGCCUGUGAUGGCUCUGAUCGCCAACUUUGGGAUUCCUCGAUGGGCUCGGGAGAAGAUUGUGAACGGCAUUCAGCUCGGCAUUCACCUCUACGCUCAUAUCGUUUUCCUUGUCAUAACGAGACCAUCAGCAGCCAACAAGAACUUCCCGUAUCAUGUUCGGACCUCCCAGAUUGGGAUCUUGCAGUCCAGCCCCAAAGGAGGCGAGGGAGGGGAAAGCUUUCCCCACCAUGCCUAUGGGAACAGCUCCUUCCUUGGAGAUUCUCAACCUAACUUCACUGAACUCUUCUCCAUCCAAUCAGAUCCGGUGAAGACCGUGGAAGAGACAGUUGCUCGUAAAGGACCUGAUGUGCCGAGGAACAGCGAACAAAAGAUUAUUACCACUGCUGCAGACUUAACCAUGAUAUUGCCCCCACCUCCACCUCCGAUACCCCCACGCCCCGCCUCCCGCUCUCCCCAAUGCCCCCUCGACUUCCAUCCUUCACAGAGUACUUCAGCAUGCAGAGCGGCGGUGGAGGAGGCUUUGGGACGAAGGCAUGAAGUGGAUGAUAAGGCGGGAAAGACUGCAGCAGAAAGAUGAAGGCUGCAGACAGAAUUUACAAAGCUGGUGGGAGAGAAAAAGGUCAUCCUAAAUAACAGAAGAAUUAUACAUGAAGGGACAUACAUGAGAAGUCAUCACAAAAGUAAAUCCCUAAAUGGUCCUUUUAACUUGGAAAUGGAAAUGACCUGUAUGGAGAAGCUAGGGGGGAUGGCUAAGACGCAAAUGCUGAGGUUGUAAAAGAAUAAAGAAGCAAUAAAUAUUUGAUGCUGACCAGUUGAAGGCACACGGGAGAGAGAUGACAAAGUGGAUGUAGCCAGAGCAAUAGAAUGAUAGCUGUGCACAAUGUGGAAAUGAACAAAAUUCUUGAAAUACUUUUAUUCAAAAAUUCAUGAGGACUUGAUGGUGUGCCUGAAGGAGUUUGUAAAUAGCGAAAACUGUUGAGAGCAACAAUUAUGAAUAGUUUUUAUUUCAAAAUACGAAAUGAAUUCAUGGUUUCUUUCCCCUAAACAUGACAUUCCAGUUGGUGCUUCGACCACAGAGAAAUCCCAUGCCUUUAUGUUUAAAAUACAUUAGAAGAAGAA